AUGGCAUCAAAGUUGAUUUUCACCACUUUCGUUUUACUUAUGCUUCUGUGCCUGCUUCUUACGAGGGAGCCUUCUGGUUGUGGUUCUGCAUAUGAAUGCUUUGGUGCUAAUGCAGCUGGUCUCAGAGACAUUCCAAACAGGAAGGCGCUGUCUAUUUUGAAGAAUAAGAAAACUGCUCUGAAGGCUGGUUUGCAAGGAUCAUCAAGCAUCAAGUAUGGUGAAAAGCCACUGAGUUGGGAGUUGAGGAAGGUUCCUUCAGGUCCAGACCCGCUGCAUCAUAAUGGUGUCAACCCCAAGAAACCUCAAACCCCUUAAACUCACCACUUGAACCAGCUUUGCCCUAGUUUUUUGUUAUCAGUGUCAACAUCCAUGACAUAAGUUCAUUGAAGAAAAAAAUAUAUAAACAUACAC